AUGAGUUACGAAGCAGUUCCAUGUAAAUUUAAAGGAAGAACAGAAGAUGGUGGAGAAGCUGAAUAUGUUGGUUUAUUUAUAAGACCUAGAAAUAAUGUAAAUACUAAUUUUGGUACUUCUAAUGAUCAAACACCUCAAAACCAUCAAAAUGGUAAUUAUUUUACUAAUAUUGCACCUAAACCUACUAAUAAUAAUUUACCUAAAAUUAUGCCAAAAAAAUCAAAUAGUACAUGUAAUAUUAGUAAUAAUUCAACAUCAACUAUUAAUAUACAAAAUUCACAUAAUAUGAUUGUACAAACGUGUUAUCUUCAAAAUGGAGGUAAUAUUUUAGGUUCUAAUAUUUCUCAUGGAUAUAGAGUUGUUACUCCACAAAGUAAUUUCUCAUGUCAAAAUAAUAUUAAUAGAGGAGGAGGAGGAGGUAUAAAUGAUGAUAUACAACAAAAUUUUAAAGAAAUUUCAUGUCAAAAUGGAAUUAAUGAUUCAUAUAUUUCAAUGUUACCAUCAUGUUCAUAUCAACAAACAUCUAAUUACCUCUCUCCAAAUAUUAAUAGUACAACAACUACUACUACAACAGCAACAACACCUCAAUAUGUACAUUCAACAGUAUCUCCACAACACCAAACAUCAAAUAGUAAUACUGGAAUAAUAACAUUAAAAACUGAGAAAUAUAAUGAAACUACAUCUCAUCAACGUAUAUCCCCAUCUUACACAUCUUCUGUUUCUUCUUCGUACUCACAUCAUCAAACUUAUGAUAAUAAUUCAUAUCAAAAUUCUAACGAUCACACUAUAACUAAUACAAAUCAUUCAAAAUCAAAUUAUGUUUUUGAACAACAAAAUGAUAUUUUAUCCGGUGCCGAAGGUUUACCUGAAUCUUCCUCUUCGCCUAAUGUAGUUUUUAUAAAUAAAAAUCAAGGACAAUUGUUUUGCAAUCAACAAUCAUCUAUUAAUAUUAAUGUAUCACAACAUAAUCCACAAUAUUUUAAUCAAAAUCAACAACAAUCUGGACAAAAUUGGUGUAAUAAUCCUACAACUACAACUAACAAUAUCAAUAAUAAUAAUCAACAAAUGUCUGGAACUCCAGAUAGUGGUAUUCAAAGUAUUGGUGGUUCACCACCAUCUAUUAAUGCUAUGACACCACCAAUGAAAUCACCUAAAAAUAAUGUUGGUAUACAAUAUUCUAAAACAGUUUGUGAUAAAAUAAUUAAAUUGGAUGGUAAAAGAAAGGAGGAUGAAGAUGACUUUUCUGAUAUGCCAACAUUAAUUCCUGUAACAUUGGAUUCUCAUAGUGAAUCAAUUAAUUAUAAUAUUGAUGAUUCAAUGCCAAAGUUACCCUUAGAUAGUCCUCCAAUACUUGCUAAACCUGAUAAUAAAUCUUUAAAUAAUUUAGGUAAAAAAAAUAGAAAAGGAAGAAAACGUGAACCAAAAAUAAAUAAUACAAGUCCAAUUAUUUCUAUAACACCUGGUAUGGCUCCAGAAAAAAUUGUUGAAACAUUAAAAAGUCAUUUAGAUUCUGAAACAUUCUUACAAUGUUCCAGUCUUAUUCAAGUAGAAAAAAAUGAAAAUAUAGAAAAAAAACGUAAAGAAAAUAAUGAUUUUAAUCCAAUGUUGACUGUUGGUAAAAAAGUUACAAGUCAAGAAAUUAUGGAAGAAUUUAGGAGAUUAAAAAGAAAUAAGUUAAAAGAAAAUUUUGAUAAUAUGGUGCCAAAAAUGGCUAAUGAUUUAGAGUAUUUAGAUUUUGAAAUAACAAAACCUAAAUACCAAAGUGCCUAUUGUAAUUCUCCAUUCCAAAAAAUUGAUUUAGCAUUAUGGAAAAAACAUGAAAAUGAAAGAUUGGAAAAAUUUAAAAAUUUCUUACAUUCUCUUAAAAAACUUCGUAAUGAGGGAACACUUCCAACAUCUAGAAGAAAUACUAAUACAAUGAAAAGACCAGCAACAUCAAUAGGAAAAAAUAUUAAAAGUAAAAAAAUUAAAAAAGAAAAUGAUGAAAUAAUUGGAACACCUAAAAUUAUUAAAUCACAAAUACAACCAUCAAAAAUAUCUUCUUCUUCCUCCUCCUCCUCAUCAUCAAAAGGAAUGAAUGGAAAAAGUAUUAUUUCAUUAAAAAGCAUACCAACAAGUCCUAAAACUAUAGCAUCAAAAAAUCCCCCAAGAUCAAUUGCCUCAAAACCAACACCUUCACGUACCGGUUCAAAACUUGUGUCUUCAAAAGUUUCUUCCAAAAUGAUGAAAGAAAAUAAUAGUAGUAAAUUAAGUGCUGAAACUUUUAUAAAAAUUCGUUCAAAUAUUAUUGUGAAUAAACCUCCAUUAUUACCUACACCAGAGGAGUGUGAAUGUGAUGCUGAUAUACCAUGUACAAGUUCAAGAACAUGCCCAUCAAGAGAAAAAUUUAUGGAAUGUACACAUGUUAGUUGUAAUUUAUAUUAUGAAUGUGAAAAUAGAAGAAUACAAAAAAAUCAACAAGUUCAUCAAUUACAACAUUAUAAAACAGAAAAUAAAGGUUUUGGUCUUCGUACACAUGUUGAUAUUGAAGAAAAUGAAUAUGUAUUAGAGUUUACUGGAGAAAUAAUUACAACAAAUAAUUAUAAAGAAAGAAAAGUUCAAGGAUAUGGUUUACAAUUACAGCCUGGUUUUAUUAUUGAUGGUGGUGGUAAAGGUAGUUUAGCUCGUUUUUUAAAUCACAGUUGUGAUCCUAAUUGUAAAAUAGAAAAAUGGAAUGUUAAUGGUAGUUAUCGCUUUGCAAUAUUUUCAAUCAAAAAAAUAUUAAUAGGUGAAGAGUUAACUGUAGAUUAUUCUGAAUAUUGGAUAAAAAGAAAAGAAGAUACAAUAUGCAAAUGUGAAAGUAAAAAAUGUAAAGGAAUCAUUCCAGGUGUAAGUAUUUAUCAAGAUUUAGAAAAAUUAACUUUUAAGAUCUCAAAAAAAGAAAAAAAUAUUGUCCGAAGUAGUAAUAUUUUUUUGAUAAGAAAUUGUAGAAAAAUGAUUCGUGAAAGAAAAAUAUUAGAGGGAAGAAUUCCUUUUGCAGAUAAAAAAUUAAAUAAAAUAUUUGAUUGUUUUGCACAAGUAAUGCUUGAAAAAGAAAAAUUUUCAAUAUUAAAAAUUAAUGAAAUAAAAAAAAUUGUUAUUGAUGGAAUGAGAGACGUUCGUUCUAAUUGUGCUAAAACAUUUAAUUGUAUUAUGAAAUAUGCUAUUUCUAAAUGUAUACGUAAUUAUUUAUCAGAGGAAAAAUUUAAUGAAAUUAAAGAAUAUUAUGCAUCUGCAAAAAGAACUAACAAAUAUUUUAAUCAUACUAGUUUAAUAAAUACUCAUACUACUGGAAGGAAAGAAAAAAAUGGUUAUAUAACUGAAUUUGAUUUAACUUAUUUAAAUUCAAAAGUACAAGUUGGUUCAUAUAAUCCUGAUCUUGUUAUAAUGAAGUCACAAGGUGAAGAUUCUGAUUGUGUAAGGUGUAUUUGUGGAAUUGUUGAGGAUGAAGGUGAGAUGAUUCAAUGUGAUAAUUGUUAUUUUUGGCUUCAUGGUGAUUGUCUAACUGGUGAAGUAAUGAAUGCUAAAGAAUUUAAAUGUAAAUUUUGUAAAGAAAAAAUUAAAUAUACACCACAAAUUGAUAUUCUUUUACAAAAUUUACCUGAUUUUACAAUACCUGGAUGUACUUAUUAUAAAACAAUGAUAAAUUCAAAUGGUUUACAAUUAAGAAUAAAUGGAACAGUAUAUGUAAAAGAUGACACUGUUUCAUCAUCAAAUGAUAAAAAAUAUGAUCGUGUAGAUCUUCGUCCAUUUCGUAUUGAAAGAAUAUUUACUGAUAAAACUGGUAAAAAAUAUUUUUAUGGUUAUUAUUAUGCAAGGCCACAUGAAACAUUUUGUGAUUCUUCACGAUUAUUCUUUAAAAAUGAAUUACUUCGUACACCAUUUUAUCGUACAGUACCUGUUGACUUAGCAGUUGGCCGUUGUCUAGUUCUUGAUCUCGAAACUUAUUGCCUUGGCCGUCCAAUAAUUCCUAGAUAUCAUGAAGAUGAUAUUUAUAUAAAUGAAUAUCAAAUAGAUGAAAAACAAAGAACUUUCCAAAAAAUUCCUCAAAAAGAAUUGUAUCUAAUUAACACUCAACCAUAUGCUUUUAAAAAAUUUCCUUCCAAAAAAGUUAUUAAACGAAAUUUUACUCCCUUUGUAGCAGUAAAUAAAACUAAUCAUACUAACAUCGAUUUUGAAGACAAUAUCAAUGUAGAAGAAAUAUUUAAAAAUAUAAGAAAUACAAAUAUUAAUGCAAUUCUUCAAAAAUUGCAUUAA